GCGGGGAGGAUCCGGGACCGGGGCUCGGUGCUGCGGGGCGGAUGCGGGCUCGGCGCUGCGGGCGCGGCGCCCCCGGUGCCCCCGUCCCUCCCCCGAGCAGCGCAGCCCCGGUUGGGCUCCGGCGCGCACGUGGCCGGGGCGGGGGUGCGAUCCCGGCAUAAAAACGCGAGCGGCGCCGGGAGCCGGGCCAGCCUCGGAGCCGAGCCGCCAGCUCCGCGCAGGAUUUUUUGGGGUGAUUCCCUGGGCUGUGACACGCGGUGACACGCGUGUCCCCGCAGGCGCCGCCGGCACCAUGCGCGCCGUGCUCUGGGACCUGCUGCUGCUGCUGUGGCUCUGCGCCCGCGCCCGCGGCGACUGCCGCGCCGAGUGCCGCGACUGCCAGCGCCUGCUCUACCGCGACGGCUUCGACGUCCUCAUCUGCAUCCUGGAGUGCGAGGGCCAGGCCGUGCCCCGCGCCACCUGGGAGCUGUGCGCGGCCACCGGCCCGGCGGCGCCGCGGCCGCGCCGCCUCUCCGGCCACGCCUGGCCCUCGGGCCGCCGGGACCACCGCGAGGAAGAGCAGCAGCGGGAGGAAGACGAGGAGGAGGAGGAGGACAUUUGGCGGCGGGCGGCGGCGGGCCGGGCGGCCAAGGGGGUGCAGAAGAGCGUUCCGGCACCGCCUCCCGGCCCGGCCGAGGCCAAACUAAAGCUCGGCUCCGCCUCCGGCCCGGCCCGAGCGCUCCCGAACGUUCCCGACGCCUCCCGAGGGCUCACCCGAGCGCUCCCGAGCGCUCCCCGAUGCCUCCCGAGCGCUCCCGAACGUUCCCGACGGCUCAACCGAGCGUUCCCGAUGUUUCCUGAGGGCUCUCCCGACGCCUCCCGAGCGCUCCCGAAAGUUCCCGACGCUUCCCGAGGGCUCACCCGAGCGCUCCCGAGCGCUCCCCGACGCCUCCCGAGCGCUCCCGAACGUUCCCGACGGCUCACCCGAGCGUUCCCGAUGUUUCCUGAGGGCUCUCCCGACGCCUCCCGAGCGCUCCCGAACGCUCCUGACGCCUCCCGAGGGCUCACCCGAGCGCUCCCGAUGUUGCCUGAGGGCUCUCCCGACGCCUCCCGAGCGCUCCCACCGGUUCCCGAGGGCUCACCCGACAGUUCCUGAGGGCUCCCGAGGGCUCCCAAGCCAGUUCCCGCCGGCUCCCGACGUUUGCUGAGGGCUCCCAAGAUUUCCUGAGGGCUCCCCCGUCGGCUCUCGCGGCCUCCCCCGAGGGCUCCUGACGGUUCCCGCCGGUUCCUGAGGGCUCCCCCGACGGCUCCCGACGGUUCCUGAGGGCUCCCGAAAGCUCCCACGACAGCUCUCGAGGGCUCUCCCGACGGUUCCCGCCGGCUCCCGAGGGCUCUCCCGCCGGUUCCUGAGGGAUCCCGAAGGCCCCUGAGGGCUCCCGAAGGCCCCUGAGGGCUUUCCCGCCGGUUCCUGAGGGCUCCCGAAGGCCCCUGAGGGCUCUCCCGCCGGUUCCUGAGGGCUCCCGAAGGCCCCUGAGGGCUCUCCCGCCGGUUCCUGAGGGCUCCCGAAGGCCCCUGAGGGCUUUCCCGCCGGUUCCUGAGGGAUCCCGAAGGCCCCUGAGGGCUCUCCCGCCGGUUCCCGAGGGCUCCCGAAGGCCCCUGAGGGCUCUCCCGCCGGUUCCCGAGGGCUCCCCCGAGGGCGCUCCCGCCGGUUCCCGCCGGCUCCUGAGGGCUCCCCUGAAGGGUCCCGAGAGUUCCCGACAGCUCCCGAGCGCCCCCGGCGGCUCCCGAGGGUUGCCGAGAGCUCUCCCGAGCGCCUCCGAAGACUCCCACGACAGCUCCCGAGCGCUUCCGAGGGGUCUUCCGAGAGUUCCCGAGCGCUGCCGAGCGUCCCCGAGCGCUGCCGAAGCCGCGAACGUGAGGGGAGAAAUGGGAAUUUGGGACCCAAAAAAAUUAAGGAUUUUUGACCAAAAAAAGGGAGUUUUGAGGGGAAAAAUUGGAAUUUUUUCGGAAAAAAAAUUUGAAUUUUUGCCUCCCAAGAAAAUGGGAAUUUUGCCCCCCCAAAAUGGGAUUUUUUUCCUAAAAAAAUACAGAAUUUUGUCUGCCAAAAUCGAAUUUUUGGCAGAAAAAAUAUUGAUUUUUUGCUCUUAAGAAUGAGAUUUUUGGCGACAAAAAUUUGGAUUUUGUUUCUGGGAAAAAAGGAAAUUUUUUUGUCAAAAAAAAAAAUUGAAUUCUGGCCAAAAAAAGAGGAAUUUAUGUAAAAAUUCUGAAUUCUUGCUCAAAAAUUGAAAUUUUUGAAAAAAAAAUUGAAUUUUUGCCCCCAAAAAAGGGAGAAUAUUUGCCAAAAAACUUUUGAAUUUUUGUCAAAAAAAAUGAGGAAAUUUUGGAAAAAAGUGAGGAAAUUUUGCCCCCCCAAAUGGAAAUUUUUGCCAAAAAGUCGGAAUUUUUGCCAAAAAAAUUUAAAAUUUUGACCAAAAAAGGGGAAUAUUUUGAAAAAAAAUUAAUAUUUGCAUAAAGGAGGAAUUUUUCCCAAAAAAAAUUUGAAUUUUGCACCAAAAAAGGAAUUUUUGCCCAAAACCCAGAAUUUUUGCAAAAAAAUUGAAUUUUUGCCCCCCAAAAUUACUAAUUUUUGCCCCAAAAAUUUUUGAAGUUUUUUCUUUAAAAAUUGAAUUUUUUUCCAAAUAAAGGAGGAAUUUUUGCAAAAAAAAAAAAAAAAAUUUUUGCCAAAAAAGCCCCGAAUUUUGCCCCAAACAAGGGAAUUUUUGUGAAAAGAAAAAAGAAUUUGCCCCCCCCCAAAAUUUGAAUUUUUGCCAAAAAAAUUUUGUAUUUUUGCCCAAAACCAAAGGAAUUUUUUGUAACCCUGAAUUUUUUGCCCCCAAAAUUUGGAAUUUUUGCAAAAAAAAUUGGAUUUUUUGCGAGAAAAAAAAUGGAAAUUUUUACUAAAAAAAUUUGGAAUUUUUGCCAAAAAAUUUUUUGAAUUUUUGCCCAAAACCAAAGGAAUUUUUUUGUAAAAGAAAAUUUAGGUUUUGCCCCAAAAAAUUUGAAUUUUUUGCCCACAAAAAUUUGAAAUUUUGCAAAAAAAAUUGGAUUUUUUUGCUGGAAAAAAAAUGGAAUUUUCCCCCCAAAAAAUUUGAAUUUUUGCCAAAAAAAUUUUUGAAUUUUUGCCAAAAAAUUUUGAUUUUUUUGCCCAAAACCAAAGGAAUUUUUUGUAAAAGAAAAUUUAGGUUUUGCCCCCAAAAAUUGAAUUUUGCCCCCAAAAAACUGAUUUUUUUGCCCCCAAAAAUUGGAAUUUUUGCCAAAAAAAAAUUUGGAAUUUUUGCAAACAAUUUUUAUUUUUUUUCGCCCAAAACCAAAGGAAUUUGUUGUAAAAGAAAAUUUAGGUUUUGCCCCAAAAAAUUGAAUUUGUGCCCCAAAAAACCUGAAUUUUUUUCCCCCAAAAAUUGGAAUUUUUGAAAAAAAAAUCUGGAAUUUUUGCGAGAAAAAAAUGGAAUUUUUUGCCUUUAAAAAAUGGAAUUUUUUGCAAAAAAAAAUUGAAUUUCCCAAAAUUUCCCCCCAAAAUUCUGGAAAAUUUGAUUGAUUUAAAUUCCAAAAAAAAAUUCUCAAAGCUCGGAGCCGUUCCCAAAAAAAAAAAAAAAUUAAAAAUAAAUUUAAAAAAAUUUAAAAUUUCCCCAAAACUUGCGAAUCUUUGGAGAACUGCGACGGGAAAACGGAAAUUGGGGAUUCGGGAUGAGCCCAAAAUUUGGGUUUUUUUGUCCUUUCUGAGAUUUCUCCAUUAAAGUUGUACAGAGCAAAAAUGGAAAUAAAUCGAUUUAUGGUUUGUA